AUGAUUGUCGGACAAGUAUUAUUAGGUACAGCAGGUUUAAUUGUAUCACUCUAUGCAUAUUAUAUCAAACAGCAACUUAAAAGAAAUCCAAAAUAUAAAGCUCUAUGUGAUUUAGGACCGAAUACAAGUUGUACUAAAGCAUUAUCGAGCAAAUAUGGUAAUGGAUUUGGACUUACAAGUUCAUUAUUUGGUGAAAAUAGUAUUAUGAAUGCAUCAAAUGUUAAUUUAGGUAUUGGAUUUUAUAUUUUUCAAAUUAUUUCUGGUUUAAUAAUGACGCCAUUAUUUAAUAAAUUAGCUUUAUUUUCAUCAAUAUUAUCGUGUAUUGGUUCAAUUUAUUUGGCUUAUAUUCUAGCUUUUAUUCUUAAAGAUCUUUGUCUUAAUUGGAAUACUGUAAUGUCGAUUCCUCCAUCUUCAUGUGAUAAAACGGAACCAACAACAAAAACAAGUAGUACAUGUCAAGUAUGUGGAGAUAGUGCAUCCAUCAUUAAUUAUGGAGCAUUAACUUGUUUAUCAUGUCGUACAUUUUUUCGUCGCAAUGGUUUUCAUACUAAAGAAGUUUCUUCAUGUCGAUUUGAUGGUCAUUGUGAGAUUAUUAAGCCAACAAGAAAAAAUUGUACAGCAUGUCGUCUUGCCAAAUGUCUUGCCGUUGGCAUGAGUCCUGAUUUAAUUAGGAAAGAAGAUUUAAGUGGAAGAAAGCGUAAAUCUUCUAUAUCACAGAGCCAAGAACUUAUUGAAUAUCAAUCAACUGUACCACAAGCAUCGGCAUUUGAUCAACCAUCUGGUGGGCCAGGCUCACUUUUAAAUAGUUCAGAAUGGAAUCUAAUUUCCAAUGUUAUACAUGCAUUUGAUACAUUUAGUCCUAUAACUGAAACUCGACGUACAAUUGAAAUAAUCAAUACAUCAGCAUCUAGUCUUCAAUUUGAUUUAUCCCAAUCACUUCAAAUGAUCUCUUCAUUCUCAAAUUCUUUACGAUCAUUUAUUAGUUCAACACCUGAUUUUAAAAUUUUGACUACAUCUGAACAAUGGUCUCUAUUUCAACGUAAUAUGCUUGGUCUUUUAUCUAUUGGUGGAAUGUAUUUUAUGCGUGAAUCAGGUAUAUUUGAUAAGCCUGAAAAUGAAAGGGCUAUUCUACCUUUAUAUGGUAAUGAAGUUGUUCGACAAGUAAAAUCUAUUAGUGCACAAUUUGAUUGUGAUCCAACACUUAUUAAACUAAUAAUUGUUGCACUUGCAUUUUCAUCAAAUUGUUUUACAAAACAAAAUCGAAGAAAUAUAGAUAAAGAUAGUUUAUUAUUAGGUACAUUUCGUUUAUUUGGAAGUCAAAAUGUUUAUGUUGAACUUAUAUGGAAAUAUUUAGUUCAUCGAUUUAGUUAUAAUGAAUCAGUCAGACAUUUUUCUACAUUGAUUAAACGACUUCUUGAUGCACUUAAAUUAUCAAUUGAUAUCUAUGAAAAUAAUCAAAUAUUUCAAACAUUUAUUGAUGAUAAUGCUGAACAGAUUGAACAUGCUCCAACCAUUAAUGACAAAUCAAUUAUUCCAUUAUGGGGAAAAAAGUGA